UUUAUACGUCGAAUCAAGCGUAGAAGCUACAGUCGUACAUGCGUUCGCUUGUCGUUAACAUCGGACUUUAUUAAGCUCUUUUACAUUCUGCUGAACAAAGUGACAAAUUCGUGUCCUAAAGGUUUACUUAUUUAAAAUGGAAGUCAGACACAUAAUGUAUUUGCUAAUCGUUGUUAUAGGGCUAUCAUCGUUUAAAAGUGCUGCAUCUGCUACCUGUUCCGACCGCUGUAAUAAACGAAGAUUAACAGGAGAUGCAUGUGCUAAAUUGUGUGGACGAAUUUACGGAAAACGCCAAACAACAUUAUCUGAGAAUUCUAGAUGGAUGGACAAAAUAGAAGAAGUUGCUAGUGAGGUACCCGAGGAAAUUGAAGAGUCGUCAUUGCUACAGCAUUUUUAUCAACUUCGUCCACAGUUGCAACGAAUUGUGUAUCAGGUUAUAUUGGAACUUGAGAUAUCUCAAAUGGAAGGAUAAGCAUGGAAACACUGAACCUCUUUGCCAUUACGUACCGACCAAGUGCCUAUAAACUAUGAAAUCGACGAUCUAUGUCCAUUCACCAAAAUUCAUUGACAAUAUUACAAUUUGACGGCGUUGUUCCAUAAAGUCAAAAACAAAAGCACUGAGAAUUGAAAAAAAAUGGAUUGUUAAAAUAGAACAGUGUUGGCCGAACUUUUCAAGUUUUUAUUUUGAUUACUUGGAACGAAUUGAGAUCGAUGUUGGCAUAAAAAGAAUAUUUUUGUUUAUUUCUAUGCACACAUAUCUUUUAUUUCUGAAUAGACGGUAAGAUUGAUAAAAAAAAAAGAGAAAGUUGAAAGCGUUGACGGUUAUUCUAACAUAUGACAUGAUACCGUUGCGACAUCACCGUUUUGCUAAUCAACUGCACAAUUAUUUUGUUCGCACAAACACUUUUUGAUUCCAUUGCACUUGCAUGUUAAGAGAACAUGUCGUUUGUAAUGAUAAACUGAAAGAGGAUAAAACAACCACCAAUAAAGUUGGAAGAAGACAUGCUGCAGAAAGCAUUGAUAGUUUGGCUAAAAAUUAGUGUUUUUGGACAAAAUAAACGAUAUUGUUUUAGCCUGGAAAGUUACUCAGUUGUAAAAUACUAAUAACUUUAUUUGUCAUUUGUGGGGAACUACAAACAUAAUAUUGAACUGUGUUUGUCCAAGACACGCACACAGAGACCCAGUGAACACAACUUUUUAGGACAAUUUGCAAUACAGAUAGGGUUGUUCAUAUCGUAAGCCAAGACCUGCAAGUCACUACUAUAUAAUCUACAGUUAAACUUUAAGUAGAUAAGUAGAUAGAAAUAAAUUAAAUUUAUAUAUUAGAAAGAGGUAAAUUUUUUCUUUUCUAAUAUUAAUGUUGGAAGUUGUGAAGGCAUUUUCAUUACCAGCCUCAGAGCGCUGUCGUUAUUGGGUCAGUAUUAGCAAACAGCGCGUUGUGAACCUUUGUUAGCUCUCUAUUUACGAAUUUGAGUAGGCCUUUGGUAAACAAAUAAGGAGUUUUAUCCGGUCGUACACCAUUGUUAUCACAUUGGUUUGUCUGGUAAACAAUUUUCUAAAUAAAUACUCAGAUAAUAUAGAUUUUCUUGCAAUUUAAAUAAAUACUGUAUUGGUACUGCCAAGUCACUGGAUGUUCAAAA